AUGCUCCAAUAUCACUGCCUUCUGGGCCCGGUUGAUGGUGAAAACUUGUUUGUAGCAGCUACAGCUCUCCGCGGAACUGUGGGACCCUUCGACACUGGUCCCGGGGUGAAGCUCUGGGGACUCCACUGCUUCGCGGGGACAAAGAUGCCACGGUUGGACGGCUGGUUCUUCUGCGUCCGCGUGGAGUCGAUUCGUCCUGGGACUUGGCAGGAUGGCAUGGCUCUAGGUGUUACGACCUGUCAGCCGGGACUUGUUGAGGAGAUGCCACAAACCAUGGACGAAGUGGAUCCAUGUUGGCUGAUGGGAUUUGAUGGUGUUGAGUGGGAUGGAGCUGGACUGACCUGGGGACCAUCGACUUGGAGCCCAGCAAAGCUGAAGGUUGGUGACCUAGUGGGUGUGGUGGUCACUUUUCAGGGCGAGCUGCAGGCGCGUCGACUUCCGGAACCUGCGGCGGGUGAUAGCUUCUGGCGCCUGGGGCAGCUAGGAGGCGCUGCCAGCCAACGCUUGAGCCAACUGGGACAGCAGGUGGGACAAGCCAUCAAUGACACCGCCAUGCGACCAUGGUUGCGAACUCCCAGACGUUGGCUGAGGCGUUGCCUGCGGCCAGCCGUACGUGCGUGCGGGGAUGAUGACAUGUACGGAAUGUCAUCAGCUGGCGUGUCGAAAUUGCUGGGAGGUCGCUUCCUUCCACGGUCCUGCCGCACCGUCGUCUCAGAAGCCUCUUGUUUCGAAGUGGGAUCGGAUGAUCUGGAUCAAAGGUGCAUUGCCUUUAUCCUGCACCAGAUGCUACUCGUUGUCAUCUCAACUGGGGAUGUCGCAUCAGGUGAGAUCAAGGAUGUGCAGUCUGCUAGCAGCACAAUUGAGAAAGCACAUCAACAGAUGCAAAAGCUGCCUUGGCUUCCAGCACCUAUACUAGCGGAGCUUGAUCGUACCAAGAGCCAAGUUGCCGCCCUUCAUCGAGAAGUGCACUGCUACCAAGAAACUCUGAUACGAGAAGUUGAAGACUCACAGAAGGAUCUCCUUGUUCAUCCUUGCUCCCAACGCAGCGACAGCAUCUCACCAGAAGAGAAGACUGAGCCUCAGUCCAACCCCAAUAUGGAAUGCAAGGAUUCUUUGCAAGGGAUGUAUGCCUUUGGUGAGGAAGAGGACCACCGGGACCACCGGACCGGCGGUGGAUAG